AUGGAGAGCGCCAAAGAGGACGAGCUCCUCGCGCUGGAGGACGCGCAGGACGCCUUGGUCCCCGUGACCGCCAUGGUCCUGGCUCAAGGUCCUCCUACCACCUAUGGACCUCAACGACGAGGAGAAGUUCCAGGCAAAGGGAAGGGGGAGGGGACGAAGACUGUCCCCGUGAACCCGUUCUGCAGCGAGCGGAUGCAGGCUGAAGCCCGGUUGAGGGCUAUGAGGCCAGCGGCUUUGCCUGAUGGAGAGGCGGUGGACGUGCCCCAGACUUCAGGACGGGUGGAGCCUGCGGAUGAGGAAAGGGGGGCUUCAAUGGACGUCAAGGAGCUCCUGAAGGCAGUGAUGGCGCAGAAUGCAGCCUUGAAGAAGGAGGUUGGGGAGCUGCGGAAGGAGAUCAAGGAGUCCAAGAGUGGCAAGGAGACGAAGGGAAAGGUCAGGGAGGCCAUUGAGGAUGUGCCCAAACCUCCAACGUCGACGCCACCACCUUCACCUCCCAAGGCACCACCUCCGAUGACACCUGACCGUGGGAGAAAGGAGGUUCCGGGUCAGGCAUGGGCCGACGUGGAAAUUCCGGAAUUCCCGGGAGGUGGCAUGGAGACCAAGCCGAUGGACUCUAUGAGGAGAGAUGGAAUCCAACGAGGCUCUGGAGUACCCGGGGUGCCAGGUUCUUGGGGAGCUCAAGGGUGGGGACUACAUCCAGGACGACAGCCAGGUGACGAACCAGGACACCAGGGAGACCGAGAAGGGAUGCGAGAGCUGGUGAAGGGCUCUCCUUUGGAACAGGCAGCACAGUCUGUUCUGAGGCAGCUCGGGACAAACUCAUCGGAUGGGAACUGGGGGGAGGUGAUCAGAUCCGUUGAACUCCCACCACUGCAGGACCUUCGUGAGGGAGAUCUGGGAUCCUUGAUCCUUGGUGACUGGAUCCAACUCAUCACGCCGACGAUGAAGGACUUGAGCGCCACGAGUUGGAAGUGGUGGGAGGAAGUGUUGAACCUGGCCAUGGUAGCUUAUAGAGAUGUGCUUCAAGCUGAACCAGUGCAGCGCUUGUACAUCCGGCCACGAACACCUCCAGAGUGCUCGGGAGUGUGGAGUCGCCUUGAGCAGCGUGGUCAACUGAUGCUGAUCAAUGCCGCUCCCCAGAACAUCAAGGCAGAGGUGUUGGCGAGUCGGACGACAAGUUCAGUGGAAGUCCUUUAUGCACUGUUCCGGAGAUACCAGCCGGGUGGGCUUGCGGAAAGAUCUCGCCUGCUUCGACAGCUGGUGGAACCGAAGGCUCCUCAAUCUAUGAACGAGGUGGUUGAAGCACUUCGGGGGUGGAGGAGAAGUUUGAGGCGAGCGCAGGAACUGGACAUCGCGACGCCGGAUGCCACGUUGCUGCUGGGAGCCUUGGACAAGAUGACGGAGCUGGUAGGACGGACGUCCAGCCAAGUGGCCUUUCGGAUGUCGUCGACUCGGGCGACAUUGGGAGUCGAUGUGACACCCACCUUGGAAACGGUGAUGAGUUUCUCGGACAUGCUCACCGCCGAGGCGGAAUCCCUGGCCAUUAGUGAGCUGCAGCCGAUCCAGGAGAUUAAGGGUGCCCCUCAUGCCACCAAGGUCAAGGCGAUGACCGCCGCCAUUGAGGAGAAGGUUGAGAAGGGCACAGAGAAGCCUAAGGGAGAGGGGAAGUCAGAUGAGAAGAUCUGCCACAAGCAGAUGAAGACCUUCAAGAAGGGUUUUGAGAAGGGCACCGGGAUCAAGAAGAUGGAGAAAAAUGAAGGAGGCCAGGAGAAUCAGCAGACUCUGGCCGAGGAGGUGGUUGAUGAGAAGACCGUGGAGAAGCCUGCCGCGAGCUCAGGGGAGGUACAAGCCCUAUUGUCGGAUGCGAUUACCCUUUUGAAGAGCUUGAGGCCGGUGGGGGAUGGUCGAACAGCGGUGAAGGCCAUUAAGCUCAGCAGCCUCGAGGUGAAGACCAAUGACAGAGCUCUACUGGAUGGAGGAGCCACUCAUUGCCUUCGGAGAGCUGAGUUCGAGGAAGAAUGGCAACGAGCGCAGGAGGUCAGAGCAGAUCCCAUGGACGAAGAUCUCCUCACACAGAAUGAGGUACAGACCAUCGUACCCCUGGGAGUCCUGAUCUCGCUGGGCUAUGAAGCCUACUGGGAGAGAGAUCGGUUCACCUUGACUGACCCCAGUGGGGCCCUUCUAGAUGUCAUGUUGGAGGGCAUGUGUCCGACGGUCACGGAGGGCCUGGGGCGGGAGCUCAUCGUGGAGAUCGAGAGGAGCAUGGUCCGGGAGAGAGCACGUCUGGCUGUCUUGAAUGGGGAAGAGAGCAGGAGUGCAUUGGAGGUCGAAGAAGUUCACUGGCAGAAGGAGCUCGCGUCAGAGGGCAGAGCAGUACUUUGCGUCGACACAGUGAUUGACCCGGGAAUGAACCUCCUACGUGACGAUGUCUUCGCCUACCUGCUGGAGAUUGCUGAUGGUGGCACGCUGCGCGCACUGCUUGGUGGCCCACCAUGUAGAACUAUGAGUCGGUUGCGGUAUCGACAACCUGGACCGCCGCCUCUUCGAGAGAGAGAAGGACCUGGAAGGUUUGGACUGCCGAAUCUAGACCCAGUGCUAAAGCAGCAGGUGGAGGAGGAUACGCUGUUGUGGCUGAGGCAGGUAUACCUCCAUCACCGGGCAUCGAAGGCUUCUCCGGCGGCGGUGGCCACGGCACUUGAGCAGCCAGAUGAUCCAGAGGCCUACUUGGGGGAGUCCAAGAGGGAGAUCGGAGGAGCCGGACAUCAGGCCACGGAAGAAAAAGAAUAG